CAGACCCUGCCUCUUCGUUCCAAAUUGACCCACCUCGUUCCUAAUACGGAGAUCAAUGAUUGCGCACUAUCGCUUUGACGCGCAGAUAGCAACGUCGAAGUUGUGUGUUGUUAUGGUCAUUGACCAAAACGCAUCGCUCUGAUGCAUUGAUCUGAAGACCAACAAGCAAUAUGAAACAUGCAACAGCUUGUCCUCAGUGCAGAUCCACAAAAAGAAAAUGCGCACAGGAUCCGGCAGAUCUACAAGCGGCUUGUCUAGCUUGCCAAAGUCGAAAGAUCGAAUGCUCAAGGCCGUGGAAUAAACAGAAGUCUCAUCGGUCGAUGUCCUGGAACAAUCACAAAGCACGGUUAGCACCAUCCAUAAGUGCGACCGAGCAGCAAGAUAAGCUCCCAGUGGCGUCUCCUGAAGCUAUCGAAAGCUAUGUGCAACUGUACUUCCGCUUCAUACACGAUCGGCCUCACAGCCUCUUUCAUGAGGCAUCACUGUGGACUGCACUUAGGAAUGGCACGCUUCCUGAGAGUUUGAAAGCAGCUAUUUGCGCACUCGGCUGCCGAUUUUCAUCAGAACCUGAUCAACGAGAACUUGCUACCACGUUUGCUGCAAGAUCAAAGACUUUGCUCGGACAGCAGCUCGAGAACAUCUGCGUUGCCAAUAUACAAACAUGCAUACUACUCGCCAAUAGCUAUGCGGCAGAACGGAACCAUGGUCUCGAGGCUGUGUAUUUUGGUAUUGCCAACCGCAUGGCCUAUGUGCUUGGUCUUCAUCGGCAAAAUUAUACGGACCCACCGAUUCUACGAGAAACAAAGCUGCGGGUCUGGUUGUCGCUAUUCAUGGCGGACAAGUGGUGCUCCCCGGGACUUGGUCUUCCACGCGAGAUCGUUCGGUCUGACCCAAGCUUGGACCUCCCUCUGGAUGAAGUCAGAUUCCAGUCACUACGAAGUGCAGAUGACGACUAUCUUCCGGAGCGUAGCAUUGGCAUUUGGGCUUACAAGAUCACUUUGGCCGAGAUUCUCACUUCGAUCCAGGAUGUCAACUUAUCCUUAUUGCACAAUCAUGUAGAUCGACGAAAAAUCGACCAAGAAGUAGACGAUAUUGCAACUCGCCUGCUCACUUGGCAUGAUAGGUUGCCACCGUACAUGACCAUGAACGACGAAAACCUUGAAGCACACCGAGCUAAAGGUCAGGGUGGCACCUUUGUUGCUCUACACUUUGGGUAUCAUCAUUACUCAACACUACUGUACUUUCAGUUCCUCGAGCCAGAUCGAGAGCGAGACGAGAAGAUCCUUGCAUAUGCAAACAGAUGUAGCUAUCAUGGUCUAGCGUUUAGCCGCCUUCUGCACACGGCUCGGAAAUUCGGUGACUGUCAUGUGGUCUAUUUGACCGUCGCUCACAUGACAAUUGUUUCGUCGUCCGUCUUGCUUCAUAUGCUACUAUUUGGCGAUGAUGCCGAAGUCGAGGUCGCCAGGCUACAGCUUAGUCUUAACUUCGAAGCUCUGGAGCACUUGAAUGACUACUGGCCUGGCGUCAAGCAGCUGAAAGAACGUCUGUUCGUUUUUCAAGACGCCUGCCUCCGUUCAUCAGCAGCCAGAGCGUAUGCGGUAGACAGAUGGAUUGUCAGAUUUCUGCUGGAGUACUCACUCCCUUUUGAGAAAAGAGAAGACGACGCGGCAACAACUCCUUCAUCUGUGCAUAGUACCCCCAUCUCGCUUGAGAGACGAGCCUUUCUCAGCAAAGCUCUUGAAGAUGUGGGUUGGUGACAAUGAGACUUGGUAUAGCUCGUAUUAACAGAGGAUUCUUGGCUCUAUUGUUGCAAGUCGGCAGUUUUACCGGGAAGGGCUCUGGUUUCUAUCGGGGGUGUACCUGGAGCGGUAUCCGCCCCGCGUUUCCCCAGACUAAAACCCACUCUCUCCGCGGGAAGGACCAGGUCCCCACAUUUGAGUGCUCAAGACCCCUCACAA